UUCUCAGCAAUCUUCGCCUCUGGUUCGACAUUCAGUUCAGUUCUCAGACCCACACGAUCAGAUCAGCAAAAUAAAGACCGAAUAAAGACCGAGGAACAGGGGAACGAAAGACAGAAGACAGCAUACAGAAGACAGAAUACAGAAGACGGAAAAAACUGAAAAUAACAAAAUCCAUUUCUAUAUACCCCCGAGAUCGAGAUCGAGAUGUGUAUAUGAACGCAGUUCCUGCUCGUAGACCGGUCGUCCGUCCGCAGCAUCUCGUUGUGUUCCACAAUUCCACAGAUCCACAGAUCCGCAGAUCCACAGAUCCACAGCUCCAAAGUUCAGUGAAGUGGACAAAAACAAAAGAAUCGAGGAUUGGGAAUCCUGCGCGGGGAGGAAAGUAUCGAUCCACGAUUUGUUGUAAUGGUGCACAGGCGCUGGAUUUUCUGUGAGAGCGGCGAGGAUCCAAACUUCAGAAAGGAGCACUACGAGUACACCCAAAGCCAGCACCGAUAAAUA